GCUUUGUAUAUAACUGGACUGAGGCGUCGAGAGCUGUUUUUGCCUAGUUCUAGUCGCGAUUACACAAUUAUUAGGCAGCAAGCAGGAAACAUGAGUGACUCUGUUGUCAUCAGCAAUGGCCAUACCACGCAGGAGAACGGCAACUCCUCCGUCUCCGCCUCAGUCUCCGGCUCCGCUUUCUCCCCCACGACAACAACAACGACAGCAAUUCCCAUCACAGAUGAUCUGCCUGCAAUUGUGGGACAGCUGAAGAGCAUUGAGCAGAUAAAUGAACAACGUCGCCUUUUUCUCAAGAGCACCAUCAAGGAGAUCCAAGAGGAGACCAGCCCUGAGUUAGAUACGGAUAAGGAUAAGGAUACGGAAGCGGAGCCACAACUAAGAAGACAACAGUUGCCGCCCAACAGUCUCGCAUUGAAUGUGAAAUAUGCAACGCUGCCGAGUCCAUCUGUGGUCACAUCAUCCAUAUUGCGUUCGCCGCUGUCGCCGCCACCCAAACCGCCCAUGUUGAGCCGUACACGCAGCACCGGCUCCGGCGAUGGACGCACUCCGUUAACCAAUGGCGAGACAAUCGCACAGCGUCACAGUGUUGCCGAGACAGCCAUCAAAGCGGAAGUGGCCACAACUGAAACCACAUGCGGAACAACUGAAACACCAACAAAAACACUUAGCGAUGAACUGCCUCAAUCACCGCCGGACUCCGUAUCGGCCAAACACUAUGAGAGCCUGAUUGAGGAGCUGCGUUGUCCCGGCUGUGCGGGUCCCAUGAAGGCGCCUGUCCUGCUCUGCAAGAGUGGUCACAGUAUCUGCGAGCAGUGUACACGCAUUCUCCUCAUGUGCCCACUGUGCAAGGAGGUAUUCACCAAUUCACGCUCGCUGACGAUAGAAGCGUUGUGUGCGAAGGCGCACUUUGGAUGCAGUCACUCGGCUGGAGGAUGUGCGGUGCGGAUGCCGGUGGCAUUGUUGCCGUGGCACGAGCAACAGUGCAUCUACAAGCCGAUGAAGUGCUUCAUGGGACGUGUGUGGGGCGAUUGUCGAUGGCAUGGCAGGGAGGUGCAAUGGAAACAGCAUCUGGAGGAUCAGCACAUGGACAAGUUAUUUCAGUCACCGAGUGCGGAUCUCGUUUGGAAUAUGGGAGUGCGACGCAAACCGCUCACGGGCUAUUAUGUAUUCCAGGCCCACGAUGAGAUGUUCAACUUUUAUGAGAUUUACGACAAGCAGAGAAUUCUCUUUACCAUGACAUGCACCUCGAAUCGGCGGGAGAGUAAAUACAAUUACGCCUACGAGGUGACACUGCUGCAACCGGACAACGAGGCGGUAUCCUUGACCCAGAAGUUUCCGGUUCACAGCGAAUACGACAGGGACAUCCUGAUGGAGGGCACCUGCGUCUCAAUUGGACUCAACGAACUGGCGCGAUUCGUGGACGAUGAUAAGCUACUUCACUAUCGGGUGAGCGUAAUGGCGGUCAAAUCCCCGCGACAUUUGAAGCCAGCUCGACAGAGUUUGCCGGUGAGCGCGGAUUACCAGACGAGGAGCAAUGGCGUCAAUGCCAAAAGUGUGCCUGCUAACAUGAUCAUCACAAGAACCUACAAGGAGGCGCUGGGCGAGCCUGUCACACCAUCCACACCGGAUGCCGAGGAGGAAACCGGCUCUGGUGUGGAUCUGGAACGCAAAUGGGGCACACCGCAAUUGCACUUCAACCGAAAGUACUUGAGGAACACGCUCAACGCCGAGGGCAACGUUGUCGAUUGCAAGGAGGACGAACUGCGUCCGCUGCAGGAGACACGUUCAUCUGCUGGAGCCAAUGAGGAUAAGCUCUCCCUGUGCAGCAAUAGCACCAGUUACACCAAAAAGGUUUCGGAUUCACUGCGCAGAAGUUUCCGCUCGCUUAAAUCCGAUCUCAUCGAGCUGCGUCCAUUUGCCAGAAAGAAAACUCCAGUAUAUACAACGACAACAGCAACAGAAGCAACAACUGCGACAAAGGCAACAGUAAAACUGUAGAGCGACAACAAUUAUUUCGUCUUUUACACUUUAUAAUGGGGAUUCCCAAAACACAUUGUACGAGAAUCUUGUGAUCAAACGUCUUGGUUCAGAUUGAUGCCCUAUUUAAAAAAACAAAAUUUAACGAAAGAAGCCUCCUAUAAACCAUU